AUGAGGUCAAUUAAACUGCUCCGUCCAAUAAGUCCAUGUGAAAGUGUCAGCUCCUCUCUCUCGGCUCUGAACUCCUGCGCUGUGGGUUUUUUCACCAGCGAUUGUGUUUCCUGUGGGUUAAAGGCUGAAACCGUUCAGCUGUGCGGCUGGAGCUCGUCAACGCUGACUGGACGCGGUGGGAUCUCCUUGUCCUCCUCCUCGCUUUUCGGGGUGUUUCGGCUUUCUUUUUAAAGAUGAAAUGAGUGGUUCUCGAAAGUGGAUGCUGGGCAGAGAGUUGGGGCAGUGAGUUAUGCUGAAAGCUGCCUGUGUAUUCCUACAUCAGGAUGAGCACUACAGAUGGAGCCGAGGCCCCUGAAUACGAUGAGGAGACCCGUGUUGUGCAGGUCUACCCCAGGCUGGCCCGGGGGACAGCAGCUUCCUUCUGUCCCCUGCAGGUCAGCUUCAGGGACACGGCGAGGACAGUAGUCCACAAUGCGGUGACCAGCCUGGGCCUGGAUCCCAAAGAGACGUACAACCUACUGGAGGUCAGGAAGAGCGGCGGAGAGGAGACGUUGCUGGAGGCUGGGGAUUGCAUUUUAGAGCGCGUCCUGUUGUGGCCACCGGAGACGCAGAGGUGGCACCGUCAGACCCAAGGGUACUACUUCAUCCUGCAGCAGAAGCCAGCCAACAGUGGAGGUAACCAAGCAGGAAGCGGCAAAGAGGACGACCUCUGUGACCUCUCGACCGUAACUGAGGAGAGUAUCCUGGAGGCUUUACGCCAGCGCUUCUACAAGCUCAAAAUCUACACCUACGCCAGCAACAUCCUCAUCGCCAUCAACCCUAAUAAGUUCCUACCUCUGUACAAUCCCAAGUAUGUCAAGAUGUACGAGAACCAGCCACUUGGCAAGCUGAGCCCACAUAUAUUUGCCAUAGCAGACGUGGCCUUUCGUGCCAUGCUGAACCGACAGGUGAACCAGUGUAUUGUGAUAUCUGGUGAGAGUGGCUCAGGGAAGACUGAGAGCAGCAGUUAUCUCAUCCACUGCCUGACUGCACUCAGUCAGAAGACAUACUCUAGUGGGCUGAAACGGACCGUCCUCGGGGCUGGACCGGUGCUAGAGGCCUUUGGCAACGCCAGGACUUCAGAGAAUAACAACUCCAGCCGCUUUGGAAAGUUCAUCCAGCUCAACUAUCUGGAGAGUGGUGUUAUCCGAGGGGCAGUUAUUGAGAAGUUUCUGCUAGAAAAGUCCCGUCUGGUCUCCAGAGAUAAGAAUGAGAGGAACUACCACGUGUUCUACUAUCUGUUGAUGGGCACGUCCAAAGACGAGCAAGAGGAGUUUCAUCUGUUAAAGCCGCAAGAUUAUCUUUACCUCAAGCAGGAAGACCUUAAUUUCGAUGAUGAGGAGAAACUUGGGCAGGAGUACAUGAGGCUCCAUCAAGCUAUGGAGAUGGUCGGCUUCCUGGCCUCCACCAAGAAACAUGUAUUUUCGAUCCUCUCCGCCAUUCUGCUCCUUGGCAAUGUGACAUACACGCUGUCGGAGGACACUGAAGUCCUGGAAGCUGGACCUGACGAAGUUUUGUCCACAUUAUCUGACCUGCUCAAGGUUAAAAAGGAGCUGCUAGUGAAGACGUUGACCAAGAGGAGAAUAGUGACCGCAGACGUGACCGUGGAUUCACAGUACACACUACAAGAGGCCUCCAGAGCACGAGAUUCCAUGGCUAAGUCUUUAUACGGCGCUCUGUUUGACUGGAUCGUCCUUCACAUCAACCAUGCAAUGCUCAAUAGACGAGACAUUGAGGAGUCUGUCUCUUGUUUGUCCAUCGGCGUCCUGGAUAUGUUUGGAUUUGAGAACCUCCAGUCAAACAGUUUUGAGCAGCUGUGUAUCAACUACACCAACGAGAGACUGCAGUAUUACAUCAACCAGCGCAUCUUCAAGCUUAAGCAAGAAGAUUAUGUGUCAGAGGGCAUCACCUGGCAAAACAUAGACUGCUCUGACAACAGUGGCUGCAUUCAGUUGAUCAAUGAGAAGUCAACUGGAAUUUUUGAUCUGCUGGAUGCUGAGAGCAGCCUCCCUCAGGCCACAGACGAAACCCUGUUGGACAAGCUGAAGCAGCAGCAUCUGGACAAUCCAUUCUUUGUGCCAUCUUCAGACACUGAGCCGGCUUUCGUCAUUCAACACUUUGCUGGGAGGGUGACAUAUCACAUCAAGGAUUUCCGGGAGAAAAACACAGAGCAUAUGCGUCCUGAAGUCGUAUCGCUUACUCGGAGCAGUGGGCGGGCGUUCCUGCAUCACUUGGUUGCAUCAAGUCCAGAGGCAUUGUUCAGAUGGGGAGUCCUCCGAGCCACCAUUCGUAUCCUCACAGUUUUCAAGAGCUUGGGACGGCAGCGGGCAGAAAUGAUUGCUUCCAGAAAAGGCUCCCGAAAGUCCCUCAAGGACAUGAAGCAGCGCAGCAGCGCUGUGGACAGACUUUCCAGCAACAGCCUGACUCUGGAUUUCUCCUUUGAUCGCUCUGACGAAUUGCCUUUCGAUGUAUUCGAAGACAUCUUUGCCAGUUAUGAAAAAAGGAAGAAAACUAGAAGUGGUCGACAGAAGCAGCUGAUUCCAAAGAACCUCAUGGAUUUUCAAUCCCUCCAACACACUGUUGGUCUUACCGCACAUGACAGAACCAGCAAAUUUAUCUUCCACCCUCAUCGGAAGACAAAGCCCCCUACGAUUAGCACUCAGUUUCAGGCCUCACUCAGAAAGCUGAUGGAGACAAUGGAAAAAUCCGAACCGUUCUUCAUUUUCUGUGUUCGCUCCAAUGCUGAAAAGAAAGAGCGUCACUUUGAUGACGAACUUGUACGACAGCAGAUCAAAUACACAGGCAUACUGCAGAUGGUUCACAUCCAGAAGUCUGGCUACAGUGCCAAAUACACAUUUAAGGAAUUUGUGGAGAAGUUCCGAGUGUUGCUUCCAAAAGGAGCUACGGGAACGCCAGAGCACAUAACUGUGCUGUUUGAGAGGAUGGGGCUGAAUAAAACCACCUAUCAAAUAGGGAAGACCCAGGUGUUCCUCAAGGAGAGGGAGAGGCAGCUGCUCCAAGACACUCUCAACAAAGAAGUGAUGCGUCACAUCAUCAUCCUGCAGCGCUGGUUCCGGGUCUGUCUGAUAAGAUUGCACUACCUGCAAAGGAAAGAUGCCACUAUGAUUAUACAGAGGUGCUGGCGUGAGUUUUAUGAGAAGCAAAACCGAGCUGCCACAGUUAUCCAGACAGCAUGGAGGUCUUCACUGAAGAGGCCACUGCAUGAGGCAGAGGAUGACGAGAAGAUGUCCAAUACCCGGCCUGGACGGGUCAGCUUGAAGAAAGAGUUCAAGAGGCAGCAGAAAGUGGAGCACAGCCCUGGCAGGAUCCAGGAGGUUGACCCAAUCAACGGCCAGUCUGCACAGAGGGCCAGCAGCAGGGAGAAGCGAGAGGGCAGAGGAUCCCCUCCUCAUCUCAACAGACCCCACUCAGUCCCACUAGACCCUAAGGCUGGUAGAGAUGAUCGAGCCACCAGCCCCUCAAAGAGCCCGCUUCAGCGCUACAAUGAUAUGUCGGGCAUCAAGCAGAAGGCUGAGAGGUGGAGGGAAAGACAGAGCGAUGAUUCAAGUCCAGAAAUGCGGCGACGACUAGGCGGGAAAGAUGAUUUUCAGAUGAAAGGGAAGUCCAUGUCUGUUGAUGAACUUUCCAAGAUCAGCUCAUCAGGCUCUGAUAGCUCUCCGUCGACUAAGGAGAUAGCAGCAGAACCUGACGGGUCGAGGUUCAGUCUUCCAGCUAGGAGCAGCCUUGAGGACUCUGGACAACAGGGACCUAACCAAUCACCAGUCACAACUCCAGAAAAGGCUUGGUUUCUCACUAAAUUUUUGAGAAAACGGAGGCCUAAUUAUUCCCCAAACAGUGAAUCUCCGACUCUGUCAGAUAAAGCAGUCACCUUACCCAGAUACAAUCCAGAUUCUUACCACAAGCCAAGCCAGAGGAGUGGGAGGGCCAGUCGAAACCCGACCAUUCGAAUCAGCCGGGCCACACGGGUGUUAGAGUGGAACUCAUCUCUGGACCGUGAGAUCACCGACCCCAGAGAGCUGCGAAACCUGGAUGAGUUCCUUGGUAAUCAGGUUAAUGACCUGCAAAAUAGAAUAAAAGAGCUGUCACCAACAGAGAGCAUCUUCCUGAAAUCCACCAUGCAGUUCAGAGAGACCAUCAAAGGCAUGUACUCAUUGCAGAAGCCCCAAAUCGGCUACAAAGAUCUGAUGAAGGGCUACCAAAACAAAGUGAGCACACUAGCAGGGUCCAAGCAGAAGACAGAAGUCUCUCUGGUGGUGAACUUGUUCCAGUCUGUGCUGGACGGCUUUAUUAGGGGGGAGAUUAAACGAGUGGAGUCUGAGCCUACCAAGGCAACCAAGAUGGGAAAGAAGAGGAGGAGGAAAAACGACAAAUGUCCUAAAAGUCCCCUGGAUCACCUGUUCAGUACAUACCAGGUGAAUAUUAUGCAGUCAUGUGACUUGUGUGGCUCCUACAUCUGGGGAAUGGAGAAGGCCUACAUGUGCAGCGCUUGCAAGUUAAUAUGUCACAAGAAAUGCCUGGAUAAAAUCAUUACAGACUGCUCGACACGGUGUGCCAGGCGGGAUGACAGUGUACCAGGCUCCCUUCACUUUGGGGUCCAGGUGUGUGUCCUCACCAGUAAAGCCACCCCUGUGCCCAAAGUGGUGGAGUUGUUGCUGAUGCAUGUGGAGCUGAAUGGCCUGUACACGGAGGGUAUUUACCGCAAGUCAGGCUCGACCUGUCGGGCGAGGGAGCUCUAUCAGAUACUGGAGACUGAUCCUGAGGGGACAUCCUUGGACAACUACCCCAUCCACACCAUCACAGGCCUGGUUAAACGUUGGCUCAGGGAGCUGCCAGACCCCCUCAUGACCUUUUCCCUCUACAAUGACUUUCUGCAUGCUGUCGAGCUGCCGGAGAGAGCUGAGAAAAUAAGGGCCGUUUACCAAAAGGUUGAUGAACUUCCUCCUGCCAAUUUCAACACCUUAGAGCGGCUCAUCUUUCAUCUUGUCAGGGUCACAAAGGAGGAAACGCACAAUAAGAUGUCACCAAGUUCUCUGGCUAUUGUAUUUGCCCCCUGCAUCCUGCGUUCACCUGAUGUUCAUGACCCCUUCCUUGGUAUGAAGGAUGUGUCCAAGACUACAACGUGUGUAGAGAUCCUGAUCACUGAGCAGUUGAGGCGCUACAAUGACAAAAUGCAGAAUAUCAAGGAGCUGGAAUAUGCAGAGGCCCUGGUUGUCAAUCAGCUCAGACUAAGGAGACAAAAUACGAUUGUUGAAAAGCCCACAGAGGUGGAAGCUCCAGCACCAUUAAGUCCAGAUGAAAUGGAGAGGACACUCAUCGAUAGGAUCAAGUCUAUCAAGCAAGAAAAGGUGGACUUGGCCUGCCGGUUACCUGACCUGGAGCAGGAACAUUCUGACAAUGACAACCUGGACUCAUCGUCGUCGAUGAGCUCAGAGAGCUUAGAUGACCGACUGGGGAGCCUGGACUCGGAAGGAAAAGUAACCAUGCGAUUGAAAACCCAGAAGCCCGACUGUCUGCCUAAACCUCCUGACCUGGCGCAGAGAGUCAGGAGUCUGAUGGCUCAGACAGAUGAGCAGAGAGAGUUCGCACCAGGACAAAAGACAGAUGUUAUUCAAUCCAUGUGCUUCCUGCCCAGCCAAGACAACCCCUCCCUAACCGACAAGCCCCAGAUCACAAGCAAGAGUUUAAACGGGAGCUUUGACGACCUGGACAUCCCUUACAUCGAUGAGGAUGAAGAUCUUACAGCAGCAUAACGCUACAAGUUGAAAUUGGAAUCUUCUCAGGUGUUUGGUAAUAGAAGACUUUUGUGUGUUAAAGAGGAACUGUGCACUUUGUUUUAUAGACAUUUCCACAUGUCAGUGCUGCUAUGGAAACAAAGAGCUUUGAGAAUCUAUAUGUAUUUAAUGGGAGGUUGAAUUAAUAUGUAUAUGAACAGUCCCUUCAGGGGUUUUAUAACAGAUCUGGAGAAAGACCCAACAUCAAGGACUACUCAGACUCCUUGGACCAGUACACUGUGUGUGAUUUUAAACAUAUUCCAGAAUUGUCCAGUAUUCAUUUUAUUAAAAGUGGGUAUUUUUACCAGUUCCUCAAAGCUGUGUGUCAAGCAGUGUCAGAGGAUAUUGUAAUGAGGAGCAACUGACACAAGAUACUUCACUAAUGGACAUUUUUCUGAGCUCAUUGUACAGAGUGCCAUUGCAUUUUUGGCUCUCAUUGAGUGCAUUUUUGUGUAUCUAAAUCGUUUCAAUUGUGUUUUCUGCUUUUAAUUUUCCUCUGUGUGUUAACUGCUGUCAUUGACCACUGAUUCAGGAUACCUGUCGAGAAGAUGGUCACAUUGCUGCCUUAAGACUGACUGAAAACACUUCCCUCAGCCACUUUUCUUAGUACGACGAAGCUGUGUGGUUUAACCAAGUAAAGAAUUUGUAUAUACGUUUGUCAAAAAAAAAAAAAGCAUGUCUGUACAUUUAAUAUGGGGUAGGAAUAAUGCAUAAUGGGAUGAGCAGCCUCCAAGAUUGACUUGUUUCACCAACUAAAAUAAAACUGACCAUUUUGUCUCCUGUUCUAAAACAAA